AUGCUCCGAUUGUAAAUUCUCUAAAAUAUAAAUGAAAGAAAAAAAAUAACACAUUAGUCAAGUUUCACAAAAUUUUUGAACCAUACAAUACAAUUAUUAGUUGAGAAAAUUAUAAAAAAGUAAUAGAUCUAACUUAGAAAGAAAUAAAUGAUUUAUUAAUCAUUCAAAUAUUGUUAGUUAGGAUAAUAAUAUUGA